AUGCUCGUACGCUCGUAUUGCGCUAUUGAAAGUGUGGAAGGAUUCUUUUCACUUGAUAUCCAUACAGAGUUACAUGCAAAGUACGUGGAUGGUUUUGAGUGUCCCAACCACCCAUUACCAUGGACACGAACGGCCCAGAAUCCCAGCACAGCGGUCAGACUUCCGCAGCUAGUCCCGACAGUUGGGUUCAGAGCUGCUGGUGUGAGAAUCCUUGCAGAUGUCCCGCCCCAGUGGUCAGGGUCGGCAAAGAGUCUUGUCUUUGAAGAACUGGCUGGAAGACAUGCUAUCACUCCUUGCUACAAUGCGCCGUAA